AGCCGAUUCGAAACAUAGUGUGUUAUGCUUUUUGAUUUCCAUUGUAGGCGUGCUUCUGUGAUCUAUCUAGUGUCAGUGUCACAGACUCACAGUAUUUGAAAUUUUGAAUUGAACAUCAAAAUAAUUUUGGUCGGACAUUUAGCCGAAUCCCCCGACUAUCAUCUCUCCCAUUUUCCCAAGUCACACAGUCUCAACCCCGUUUCUGCCACCACGUCUCCUCUAUUCCUUGCUUCUCUGCUCAAAUUUCAGUUUCUAAAAGUUUCAACCACUGAGCGGGAGGGAAUGUAGAGAAGCUCAGAGACAACAGAACAGACAACCCCCGUAAAAAAUGCCGAGCCCAACAUCACCUUUACCCACCACCACCCUCACCACCACCGGCGCCACCGCCAGCAAAGAAACCCGGAUUCUGUAUUGCCUCCUAGCCAUCUCUCUCUUAUCACCCCUCUUCAUACUCUCCUUUUCUUCUUCCUCUACCACCACUCCCGCUUCUUCAUCUGGGUCUUUUCCAUUUGCCUUUUCAGGGCAUCAUUUUCAAUACAAGCAGCUCAUUUUGCUUAAUCCAAAUCAAGCCGACCACAGCUCACUCACCCCCAAACCUCCUUCCAUCGCUUAUUUCAUCACGGGCUCCAAUGGGGACUCUCAGCGCAUGCUCAGACUUCUCUUCGCCAUCUAUCACCCAAGAAACCAAUACCUCCUCCACCUCGACCUAACCGCUCCCCAGUCCCAACGAGACGAGCUCGCUGUAUCGGUCCAAUCCGUCCCUGUCUUUCGUGCCGCUCAGAACGUCAAUGUCGUGGGCAAAGCCGACUUCGCUUACUCCCGUGGGUCCUCCGCUGUUGCCUCCACUCUUCAUGGUGCUGCCAUUCUUCUCCGCUUUUUUUCCGACUGGGAUUGGUUCAUUAACCUCUCUGCUGCCGAUUAUCCCCUUGUCACGCAAGAUGAUCUUCUCCACAUAUUUUCCUUCUUGCCAAAGGAUCUCAAUUUUGUAAAUCACACCAGUCACAUUGGGUGGAGAGAAUCCCGGAGAAUGAAACCAAUCAUUAUUGAUCCAGGUUUUUAUCUCACAGCUAAGAGUGAUAUAUUUUAUGCAACACAGAAGAGGGAGUUCCCAAAUGCCUACAGAUUGUUCACAGGAUUGGCAUCCACUAUUCUGAAUCGUGAAUUUGUGGAGUUCUGCGUCUUGGGUUCAGACAAUUUACCAAGGAUUUUACUGAUGUAUUUCUCAAAUAUGCCUUCCUCACAAGCCAACUACUUCCAGACCAUUCUCUGUAAUUCUCCAGAGCUCAAGAAGACUAUAGUUAACCACAACUUGCACCAUGUCUCAUGGGAUACACCCCCUAAACGGGAGCCGCGUGCACUUUCUUUGAAGGACUUCAAUGAGAUGAUUCAGAGCGGAGCAGCCUUUGGUAGUCGAUUCCUCCCAGAUGAUCCAGUUCUUGACCGCAUCGAUGAAGAAGUGUUGAACCGCACUGCCGGCAAGGUCAUCCCUGGAGGUUGGUGUCUAGGUGAUCCCAAAAAUGAUUCGUGUACGGUUUGGGGAGAUGUUGAUGUGCUGAGGCCUGGUCCAGGAGGUAAGAGACUUGAGAGGCGAAUUGUUGAAUUGCUCUCAAGUGGUACAUUCCAUGCCAAUCAAUGUGACGAAACCCUAAAUGAACCCAAAAGGGUCAAUCAGAGUGUCCAGAAUGUCACCCAAGACCAAAAUUCAGUUGGAUCAACUGAAGACCCAAAGCGCACUUGAUUUAGUUAAAUAUUAAUUUUAUAUGUAUAAAUUAUUUUAAAAUGUUCCAUAAUUAGCUUUUUGGGUGGCCAAACAUUUUCCAAGUUUUUUCCUAGUGCUAGGUUUCAUCUCGUCAUUUGUUUUUAUUAUUUUUAGUUCACAGAAUCCAUUGGUUGAAAAUUGAAAUAGAUGGUAGGACCGUGAUCUACCAGACUGAGACUUAGUAGCUCCAGGUAUGGUCUGGGUUUAAGAACAUUGAUUGUAAUCGUUGUAUAUUACAGUGAAUGAUCGCGAGUUUCUUUCUGGGCUCGCAACAUUUUUUUUGUAAGUAGUAACCAAUUUCAAUUUCAUCA